GAGGAUACAGUUCAGUGCAGCUGGUCAGAAGUUAGUUUUAAGAGUUAGGUGGAAAUUGGUUAGCUAACGUUAGUUAUAAACGUAGUAAAAAGUCACCGCUAGCGCUUGGGUUUAGCAGUAAAUAUAAGAAGAAUGGCUGAACCACUGAAGUCCCUGUUUGAAAACAAGCCGGUGGAGAAGACAAAGAAAGAUCCAAAGCGGCUGUCAGUGGAGAGGAUCUAUCAGAAGAAGACGCAGUUGGAGCACAUCUUGCUCCGACCUGACUCCUACAUAGGCUCUGUGGAGCCUGUUACCCAACAAAUGUGGGUGUAUGACGAGGAUGAAGGACUGAAUUGCCGUGAUGUGACGUUUGUGCCCGGGCUUUACAAGAUUUUCGAUGAGAUCCUUGUAAAUGCAGCUGACAAUAAGCAGAGGGAUAAGAACAUGACCUGCAUCAAGAUCAACAUUGAUGUAGAAAACAACACCAUCAGUGUGUGGAAUAAUGGGAAGGGUAUUCCUGUGGUGGAGCACAAGGUGGAAAAGGUCUUUGUGCCUGCUCUCAUCUUUGGACAGCUCCUCACCUCCAGCAACUAUGAUGAUGACCAGAAGAAAGUCACUGGUGGACGCAAUGGAUAUGGUGCUAAGCUUUGCAACAUCUUCAGCACGAAGUUCACUGUAGAGACUGCCUGUAAAGACUCAAAGAAGUCCUUCAAGCAGACUUGGUAUGACAACAUGGGCAGAGCAGGGGAUUCUAAAAUCAAACCGUUUGAAGGAGAGGAAUACACUUGCAUCACCUUCAAGCCGGACCUUGCCAAGUUCAAAAUGAGCAUCCUGGACAAAGACACCGUGGCUCUGAUGACCAGGAGGGCUUAUGACAUUGCUGGAUCCAGCAAGGGCGUCCGUGUGUACUUCAAUGGCAAGAAGCUGCCAAUUACAGACUUCCGUAGCUACGUGGACAUGUAUCUGAAGGACAAGGUGAACGAGCUUGGUGGUGCCCUCACUGUGGUCCACGAGAUUGUGAACCAGCGCUGGGAGGUCUGCCUCACCAUGAGUGAGAAAGGUUUCCAGCAAGUCAGCUUUGUCAACAGCAUUGCCACAACCAAGGGAGGGAGGCACAUUGACUAUGUGGCUGACCAAGUGGUUGCCAAGCUCAUUGAAGUGGUGAAGAGGAAGAAUAAAGCUGGAGUGGCCGUCAAGCCUUUCCAGGUGAAGAAUCACAUGUGGCUGUUUGUCAACUGCCUGGUUGAGAAUCCCACCUUUGACUCUCAGACCAAAGAGAACAUGACACUGCAGCAGAAGAGCUUUGGGUCCACCUGUCCUCUUACUGACAAGUUUAUUAAGCAGGCCACAACCUCUGGGAUUGUGGAGAGUAUCAUGAACUGGGUGAAGUUCAAGGCUCAAUCCCAGCUCAACAAGAAAUGCUCAAGUGUUAAACACACCAAAAUUAAAGGAGUGCCUAAACUCGACGAUGCCAACGAUGCAGGUGGGAAGAACUCCAUCGGCUGCACGCUGAUCCUUACUGAGGGAGACUCAGCUAAGACACUUGCUGUGUCUGGGCUGGGAGUGGUCGGAAGAGACCGCUAUGGCGUCUUCCCUCUCAGGGGAAAAAUACUGAACGUCCGGGAGGCCUCGCUCAAACAGAUCAUGGAGAACGCUGAAAUUAAUAACAUCAUUAAGAUCCUCGGCCUUCAGUACAAGAAGAACUACAGCGACCCAGAAUCCCUCAAGAGUCUGCGCUACGGCAAAAUCAUGAUCAUGACAGAUCAGGAUCAAGACGGCUCCCACAUUAAGGGCCUGCUGAUCAACUUCAUCCACCAUAACUGGCCGUCCUUGCUGCGCCACAACUUCCUGGAGGAGUUCAUCACACCCAUCAUCAAGGCGUCUCACAAGAAAACUCAGCUGUCUUUCUACAGUAUCCCUGAAUUCAAUGAAUGGAAGGAAAACCAGCCCAACUACAAAUCUUGGAAAAUAAAAUACUACAAAGGUUUGGGAACCAGCACAUCGCAGGAAGCGAAGGAGUACUUCUCUGACAUGCAGAGACACCGUAUCCCAUUCAAGUACUCUGGACCUGAAGACGAUGAAGCUAUCACCCUUGCCUUUAGCAAGAAGAAAGUGGACGAGCGGAAAGAGUGGCUGACCAACUUCAUGAACAACAGGCGCCAGCGCAGGGCUCACAACCUACCUGAGGAGUACCUGUAUGGCCAGUCCACCAAGUCCCUUUCAUACAACGACUUUGUCAACAAGGAGCUGGUUCUUUUCUCGAACUCUGACAAUGAGAGGUCAAUCCCCUGCCUGGUGGAUGGUUUUAAACCAGGCCAGAGGAAGGUGCUGUUCUGUUGCUUCAAGAGGAAUGACAAGCGGGAGGUGAAGGUGGCCCAGCUGGCUGGCUCGGUGGCUGAGAUGUCAGCCUACCACCAUGGAGAGAUCUCUCUGAUGAUGACCAUUGUGGGUUUGGCCCAAAACUUUGUGGGAAGCAACAACAUGAACCUGUUGCAGCCUCUGGGUCAGUUUGGAACCAGGCUGCACGGAGGCAAAGACUCUGCCAGCCCUCGAUACAUCUUCACCAUGCUCAGCUCCCUGGCUCGCCUCGUCUUCCCACCUGUGGAUGACAACCUGCUCAAGUACAACUAUGAUGACAACCAGCGCGUAGAGCCGGAGUGGUACAUACCCAUCAUCCCCACUGUGCUGGUGAACGGCUCAGAAGGUAUUGGCACAGGCUGGGCCAGCAAGAUUCCCAACUUUGACGUACGGGAGAUCGUCAGCAACAUCCACCGUAUGCUCGAUGGCAAUGAGCCUCUGCCCAUGAUUCCAAGCUACAAAGGUUUUAAAGGCACAAUUGAGCAGGUGAUGGACAACCAGUACAUCAACAGUGGAGAGGUGGCCAUCAUUGAUUCCACCACCGUUGAGAUCUCUGAAUUGCCUGUGAAAAACUGGACGCAGACCUACAAGGAGAACGUGCUGGAGCCAAUGCUGAACGGGACCGAGAAGGCCCCUCCUCUGAUCACAGACUACAAGGAGUACCACACUGACACCACUGUGCGCUUUGUGAUCAAGAUGACACCAGACAAGUUAAGCGAGGCGGAGGCAGCCGGCCUCCACAAAGUCUUCAAACUUCAGACCUCCAUCACCUGCAGUUCCAUGGUUCUGUUCGACCACGUGGGCAGCCUGAAGAAGUACGAGUCUGUGCAGGAUAUUCUCAAAGACUUCUUUGAGUUGAGGAUGAAGUACUAUGUGCUGAGAAAGGACUGGUUGGUUGGCAUGCUGGGAGCAGAGAGCGCUAAACUCACCAACCAGGCCCGCUUCAUCCUGGAGAAAAUCCAGGGCACCUUGGUCAUAGAGAACAAGCCAAAGAAGGAACUGAUCCGCAUGCUGCAGGAGAUGGGCUACGACUCUGACCCGGUCAAAGCUUGGAAAGAGGCUCAAGAGAAGAAUGAAGAGGCGAUGGAGGAGGAAGGAGAGGAGGAGGAAGAAACGGAGGACACCAGCGGGCCAGACUACAACUACUUGUUGUCCAUGCCCAUGUGGUACUUGACCAAAGAGAAGAAAGACGAGCUGUGCAAGCAGAGGGAUGUAAAGCUGACCGAGUUGAACACCCUAAAAAAGAAGUCUCCAGCAGACCUGUGGAAGGAAGACCUGGCUGCUUUCUGUGAGGAACUGGAGAGAGUUGAGGCAAAAGAAAAGGAGAGCGCCAUCAUCCCCGCUAAAAAGGGGGCUGGAAAAGGCAAAGCGGCGAAGGUGAAGCAGGAGACCCUGCCCACGCCACAGGGUCGCCGCGUGGUCCCGCGUGUUACCAGUGCCAUGAAAGCCGAAGCCAACAAGAAGGCUUGUCUCAAGAAAGGAGGCAAGGGGGGCAGGAAAGUCAUGAGUGAAGAUGUAGUGGUGAAGAUGGAGUUUGGAGAAGAUGUGGAGAACACAGAGCCUAGUGAGGAGAUUGGCUUGGCUGCACGACUGAACAAGAAAACUAAAACUCAGCCGAAGGAAAAAGCAGCAGCGUCAAAGAGCAGCAAGCAGAGCACUCUUCAGUUCAAGCCCGCUGCCAAGAAUCCCAAAAAGAAUCCGUGGUCGGAUGAGGAGUCUGACAAUCUGUCCGACAAUAAAAUGGAGGCGGAGGAAGUCGUUGCCCCCAGAGAACGCAAAACUAAAGCUGCGGCAAAGUACACCAUGUCCGACAGUGAAGAUGAAUUUGACGACUGGGGGAAGAAGGACGCCCCAAAACGUAAAGCUGUUAUCAGUGAUGAUGAUGAUGCCAGCUUUAUGCCAGAGACCAUGGCCGACAGCGAAGUGGACUCUCCAGCCCCCUCUCCGCCCCCUAAAGCUCCACAACCCUCGAAGAAAACAGCAAAGAGCAAAACAACAGUAAAACAACCUAAAAAUACAUCGAGCUCUCCGUCGGACGAUCAGGCACCUGCAGCCAAGGGUCCAGUUCAACGUAAAACCAAGGAGGCGGCACCCAAGAAAGCUCCUGCUGCUAAGAAACCAGCUGCAACCAAGAAGAAGGCUGCAGAUGCAAAGCAGCCAUCCAUCCUGGAUGCUCUUUCUAAAUCCAAACCUGCAUCCAUCCCAGCUGCCAAGAAGGUCCCAUCAUUUGACUCCAGUGACUCGGAGGAUGAAAUCAAAGUUACAAAGACAAAGCCCAUUGUGAAACGGAAACAGAUCGACAGUAUGGACUCCGACAGCAGCGCGGACGACCUCAUGUCACGCCUCAAGGGCAAAAAAACUACCAGCAAGAAAAUCAAGAAAUGGGACGAUGACGACAGCUUCCAGGUUUCCGAUCAGGAGGCAGCAGCUCCGGUAACCGUGGCAGCGCGGGACAAACCCUCACGUGCCCGGAAACCUGUUACCUACAUCGGGGACUCAGACUCAGAUGAAGACUUUUAAAGUUUACUCUCAAAGUCAGUUUUAAAUUUUGUAUAAAAGUCAAGGUUUUUAGGAAAGUUAUAUGGUUUAUAACAGGUGAUUACUUUGUCUUUGUUUUGAUCACCUAAGGAUGGUUUCAUUUACACCGGUGGUUUAAGUAGUAUUAACCAAAAGAUUCAUUCUAGCAAAAAUGCCUGUUCUCUCGUCAAAGACCAGAAGUUUUAAAAAAGAAACGCCCUGAUGCUUGAAUUGCAUUACACCUGUGAGCAUGUUAACUUUUAGUUUCUUCGGCUUCUUGAAAUGUCAAUUUUAUUUCACUUAUUUGUGUUUUGUCUCGUCUUGUACAUAUUUCAAUGGCUGUUCAUUUUAGACUUAGAAAA